AUGGAAAGUACACAUGAUGGAGCCACACAGGUGAAAGAGGCCUCACCUUUUGGGGUAAAGUAUGGCAGGAGCAUUUGUAUUUUCAGGUAUGAAAAGCACAUGGCAUUCCAUCGGAAGUACCCUGAGAAGUUCUCACCAGAGAGCAUCCUUGCAGAACAGGGCACAUUGACUGCACAGUAUCAAACUUUGCCUAUAUAUUUCUCCAACGUUUGUCUUAGAUUUUUGCCUGUUCUUGACAUCAUCAAUCACAGAUUUCUAGAAUUGGCCCAGGUACACAAAAAUUUAGAAACCAUCCUUGAGCGACUAGGUGUGCUCUAUAAAUUCCAUGAUCGUCCAAUAACAUACCUGUAUAACACUUUCCAUUAUUACGAAAGUAAAUUACGCGAGCGGCCAAAUCUCAAACGACGUUUGGUGGUUGCUGUUAUUAUGUCCCAGCAGGAAAUCCGGCCACCUGGAUGGGCACUGACUGAAGCUUAUAAGCAGUAUUUAGGAAGAUCUGCAGAUGACAUAGUUUGGAAUCCAGGAUUGCCUUAUUAUACUGCCCUUGUGAAGCGCCUUGUGAACAGUAUCCUUUACCUGGACAGGUUUAAUUUGAGAGGAAAAAUUUUUGCAUUUGAAUGUUCAUAUUCGUUCUUUUUAGUUCAUGUCAAAUGAAAUGUUGCA